CGUGUUCGUGUUCAACUCGCGUUUUUAAGCGGCAGACAAAAAAAGCCAAAAACAAAAAGAGAAUCUCAUACUUCCUUCUUCCCUGAUUAUUAUCGACGGCCAACGCCGCCUUCUUUCCACCCCCAUUCAAUUCUGUCUCUCUCGGGUUCUCCGUCUGUGAUUUUGGAUCUCGAUCGGUUCGGCGGUGGAGUUUUUUUCCUUUGGAUUUCAGUUCGUUGCUGGAGGGGAUUGAUUUCCGGGAAUUUCGCUUCUUUUGUGGAGAUUGAGAUUUUAUGAGAAAGAUUUGAGGAGAUUUUGUGUGAGUAGUUGAGGUGAUGAUGUUGACCGCAACAGUUGGUCUUUAAACUACUAUGGAACUUGUGCUUGCUUAUAGGACUACAAGAUGACGCUUUACAUUGGUCGCGAGGCUUCAAAGCUAUGGAAGAGAAUUUAUGCAGAGGCAAUCACAGAGAUCAAUUUACUUGUAGAGAAUUGGAAGUACCUUCUUGCCGGUCUCUUUUUGCAGUACAUUCAUGGUCUAGCUGCUCGUGGAGUUCAUUAUCUCCAUCGGCCAGGGCCAGUCCUUCAGGACCUAGGUUUCAUUCUUCUACCUGAGCUUGGGAAAGAUAAAGCCUACAUCAGUGAGACUUUGUUCACAUUUGUCUUCUUAUCAUUUGUCUUGUGGACUUUCCAUCCUUUCAUUGUCAAAAGCAAAAAGAUCUACACAGUAUUGGUGUGGUGCAGGGUUCUGGCAUUUUUAGUUGCUUCUCAGAUUCUUCGUAUUAUCACAUUUUAUUCUACUCAGCUUCCUGGUCCAAAUUAUCAUUGCCGAGAGGGUUCUAAACUUGCUAGGUUGCCACCACCAGAUAGUGCUCUUGAAGUCCUCUUAAUUAAUUUUCCUCGAGGCAUAAUUUAUGGUUGUGGUGACUUGAUUUUCUCAUCACACAUGAUCUUCACACUGGUUUUUGUCCGUACUUAUCAAAAGUAUGGCACACGAAGGUUUAUAAAGCAGCUUGCCUGGUUGAUAGCCAUAAUUCAAAGCUUCUUGAUUGUAGCAUCCCGCAAACAUUACACCGUUGAUAUAGUUGUUGCAUGGUAUACCGUUAAUUUAGUGGUAUUCUUCAUAGACCAUAAACUUCCAGAACUGCCUGACCGAUCUAAUGGAAAUUCACUUUUCUUGCUACCAUUGAGCACGAAAGAAAAGGAUGGUAGGACAAAAGAAGAGAACCACAAGCCCUUGAACGGGAAUGCUGGAGACCCUACGGAUCGGAGGCAGAGAACUCAAGUAAAUGGCAAGAUUCUGGAAGAUGUGAAUGGAGUCCAUGAUACUGCAAUGAAUGGUGCGUAGGUGAUGGACUUUGCUGCUAUGAUGGGAGGGGCUCUGGCUUAAUUCUGUAUGAUCUUCAAUUAAAGGCUUAUAUAAUUGCUUCGAAGACAGGUGAAACUUGAUUUGUAUUCUAAAGAAAAUAGAAUUCGAUGUUAUUCCGUUGUAUAUUUUGCAGUCCUCUCGUGUCUUAGAUUAAGAUCGUCAUCAAUCACCAAAUACUACAAAUCAUGGAAUUCUCCAUGUUAUGUUCCGUCAUUCACCCUGUUACCGUUCAUGGUGCCUUGCCUCCAUUAACUGGCUAUCUGAACCCCUCUCUUUUUUUUUUUCCCGUUUGAUGAAUACAAUCAUAUCUCAAGGCCGAAGGCUUUUGAGAACCAUAUUUCAAUGACUUUGAUCUGUAAAUGGAUUGCAUUUUACUGGAAAAUAAUGAGAGAGACACAAAAUAAAGGGUGCCAGUGCUACAGCUCUGGACUGGUGGUACAGGAACUUGUGCAACCUCUAGUCUACUGCAGGGAAGAGGGGAAGGGUCCUUUUCCUCUGUCACAAUUCACAAGCACAUGUUUCUUCAUCUUUGUACUGCAUAUUUUCUUGCCCAAAAACAGAUCAAAUGAUGCACCAUGCCACCAUCUGUAUAUUAGCAUUCUGCUUUUGUUGGUGGGGGAGGGACCAGUCUUCAUUGGAAAUGAAAAAGAUCAUGUGGA